AGCCAGUCUCCUGGCUUCCAGCCCAGGACUCUGCACUCCUCCCCCCACCUCCCUGCCUACUUCAGCAGGUCACCUGUGAAUCUGAUAGUCAGGUGGGCCCCACCCUGCCAGCUGGCCUCAGCGGGCAUGACUCAUCCGCUUCCCCAUGACUCACACACCUCAGGUGCUCCUCCUCUGGUCAACAAGUCUGGAGAAUUGGCAAAUAGACCCCCAUUUUUCUCACCUCUCCAAAGCCUCUGGGAAGAAUUCCUGCACUUCCUCUUUAUGGGGACUCUACUCUUCUACAGAAGAGCCACCAAGGCCUUGAGAGGGAAAGCAACUCUCCUAAAGUCACACAGCAAGCAAGCAGCACGGCCAGGGUGGGAGCCAGGCAUCUGGGCACCGAGCCCAGUCCCGACCUCCUCCCCAGAAGAUCACUCUCGCCUGACCUCCCUCUCAAGGACGGGAAAGGAGCAGAGACGCACUCUGAGCCUUAUUAGGAAGACCUCAGGGAUUCCCACUGAAUCCACUGUGGCUACUGCGGCUGCUUCUACCACUGAAGUCCCCUCCAGGCUUCCCUGGGCAGCCAGGGCGGGGUUUAAGAGGAGGACAGGUGUUUGCUUUGCUGUACCUACCUAA